UGGACAUAAGAAACAAGGUCAGCAAACAGUAUUUCGACAGUGUACAUACAUUUCAGGACUUACCCUGAUGGAACUUUAAGUCCCCUCCUGCUAAUGCUGCAGCUCUGACCUCAUUGCACAUUGUUUUCGGCUGGUUGUUAAGUUUCACUUUGCACUAGCACAGUUGUAACAUAACGAUUACCAGGCUGCAUAUGCUUUCUCACUUACUUUUUUUCCCUGCAAAAUAGAGCAUAUAGUGAUGAAAGGAAUGCAGCUUUUAGACUGACACGGGGUUUGAUUAAUUAAGGAUCCGGACUAUGCAGUGUUUUACAGUCCAAAGUUUGCUCUGCUGCUUGCGCUGUCUGGUCAAUGAGUAGUUAGACUCUUUUAAUACACACAGCCUUGUCAGCCCUCGUCUAAUAUGUAACGGUACCGCACAGGACUGCAGAAGCUGCACAGGACUGCAGAAGCUUUCCCUGCUCUGAUCUGCCUCACUGCUCUUCAUAGAUUAAUACUUUGUGACACACAGAUCAACACUGAUCAGAGUCAUGUCAGCGCUGAGUGGGAAGGUCCAGACGGUCCUGGGUCUGGUGGAUCCAGAUCAGCUGGGCCGCACCAUGACCCACGAGCACCUGAGCGCCAUGAGCUCCAAUUGCAUCUACAUCCCUCCUCCCCAAGGUGACGAGGCGGUGGCCGAGAACCCUUUCCAGAUGCAGCACAUGCACUGGCUGAGACAAAACCCUUACAACUGCCACGAGAACCUGCUGCUGCAGCAGGAGACCAGCGCUGUGCGGGACGAGCUGCUGGCCUACAGGAAGGCCGGCGGGGGCACGAUUGUGGAGAACACCACCACGGGCGUCAACCGGGACCUCCCCACCCUGCUGCAGCUGGCGAAGGACACCGGGGUCCACAUCAUCGCUGGGGCAGGCUACUAUGUGGACUGCACCCACACUGAGGCUACCAAGAAAAUGAGUGUGGAGCAGCUCACAGACAUCAUCAUCAGCGAGGUGCUGCACGGCGCUGACGGCACAGACAUCCGCUGCGGCGUGAUUGGCGAGAUCGGCACCAGCUGGCCAAUCACAGAGAGCGAGACGAAGGUGCUGAGGGCCACAGCUCACGCUCAGGCUCAGCUGGGCUGCCCCGUUAUCAUCCAUCCCGGCAGGAGCGCCGACGCUCCGGCUGAAGUUGUUCGGAUUCUCCAGGAGGCCGGUGGUGACAUCGGCAAAACCGUUAUGUCUCACCUGGACAGGACUAUAUUCGAAGAGGGUGAUCUCCUGGAGUUUGCUAAGCUGGGGAGUUACCUGGAGUAUGACCUGUUUGGAACGGAGAUGCUGAACUACCCUUUUAAUCUGGACAUAGACAUGCCCAGUGACAGCCAGAGGGUGAAGGCCUUGGGGUUUCUGGUGAAGGAGGGCUACGAGGACAAGAUCGUGAUCGCGCACGACAUCCACACCAAGAACCGCCUGACCAAGUACGGCGGCCACGGCUACUCUCACAUCCUGAAGAACAUCGUGCCCAAGAUGCUGAUGAGGGGCUUCUCACAGCACCAGGUGGAUAAGAUCCUUAUUGACAAUCCAAAACGCUGGUUGACCUUCAAAUGAAUUUAAAGAAACAAGUAACGCAAACAAAGGCGAAGAAUUCGUUGUGACGUAGCUUUAUCAAUCAGAACUCAACACCUCACAAUGAAUGCUUGGAUAUCUUUGCAAUAAUCACAACACUCAUUUAUUGAUGUGAUUUUAAGCAAUAAUCCACCUAUUUCUGUUCUCCUGAUUAUGAAUUAUUCAAUCUUUAAGCAAAUUCUUUGAAGGAGCCUUGCAGGAUCGCAGUGCAUUUCAUUAGCAGGUUUGUUUCAGCCCCACGUUUGCCACGAAAAAAUAGCCUUUGCUUGUCUGCAGAGGUGUGAUUACAAUCCAAGAGAAAUAGUUCCAUUCUCUGGGGAGUCUACAGCGGUGCUCACAAAUAUGGUGCUAAUUGAUUUUUUAAUUUCAAUGUCAACGUUGCUUUCUUGGUUUUGUGACAUUUCUGCCAACACGUUUCAUGGAAGGGAAAUAACGAGCGUGUUGGUAAUCAGUAUGCUGCUCUGCUCCCGACACAAUGCGGCGGUGUUAGAUGAGUUGUCCUGUUGCCCCUCAGUGGGUGUCUGUGAGUCUAUGGGAGGCUGGCUGGCUGGCUGGCAGGACCGGAUGAAGGACAUGUUAUCCUCUCAUCUGGGAACAGGUGGCCUCACAGAGUGAUUUCGCCACAUGAUCAAUGGCAUGAUCGCCACAGCUGACUGUGCACGGGCGAACAACUCUAUAACUUUGAUUAAUCUUCUUAAGAGGAUUACAAAGUGAGUCAGAGGAUUUCAUUUUACAUUUUAACCCGCCGUCUUCUCUGGAGGGAGCUCGGUAAUCGGCGAGCAGAUUGCUGAAUGUUGUCGAGGAAACAUAUCUGACUGCGUGACUGUCCAGUUUUGUGGCGGUGACUAAACCACCAGACCACCCUGUUGCCCCAACCAGAUGCCAUGUUGAUACACACAAGAAAAAUGAGCUACAGUGAUAAUAUUUUUGUCAUAACGCUUCAGCAUGAACACUAGAACUGCCCUCUUUUUCUUUUCUUUUUUUUAUACAGAUGUCUCUUUUUGCUCCACAGUGUUGAAAUGUUGAUUUUUUUUUUAGAAACAUGCAUAACAACGGCUUUUAACAUUUCCACCCAAACGCAACGUUUAUGGCAUAUCUUUGGAGAAAUAAAGCACACAAAUGGACUAACAACA